GACGCGAUGAGUCUGGCAACAGUUGCCGUAGGAAUAAACGCCAUAGCCACCGUAGCUGUGACGACUGUUACCCACCAACAGAACUAAGACCAAUGAUUAAUGGCGACCCAGGCGUUUGUCACGGACCUGCAAGCCAUGAACCCGGCUGCUGUACAGCAGGCUUUGGGUUUAAAUUUAACGGCCGAUGGGACCCUAGUUAAAACGACAAGUGGAGAUCAACAGACGGUAACUGGUAAUAAAACAACAACAAUAAUACAACCUGCUACAGCUCACACUGGAACACAACAAUAUAUUGUUACUACCACUUCUAUGGGAGAUGGUGUUGACCAUGGACAUGCUGGUGAAGCAAUUACAAUCAAUCAAGGACAGACAGUUUAUCCCGCUCACGUACAGUACGUAGACGGAACUGACUCGAGCCUCUACGCAUCCUCAAAUGGGCAAAUGCAGACAUAUCAUCAUGAUUAUGGACAAGGUACCAUGUAUACACCUGUCUCUGGAGCUUAUUAUCAACAAUUACAUGGCACACAGGUCUCCGGAAUUGUGCCUGCUGGUUCAACAGUUCAAACAGUACAGGGACAGUUAAUUCAACAAUCUGGCGGAACUUAUCUCAUACAAGGGGGGACAAUGGAUGGGGAAGGAACCCCUCUCACACACACAACAAGAGCAUCACCAGCAACGUUUCCGAAUGAAGGCAGCUUGGAACCCUCAGUGAACGGUCAUCUGGAUUUUGCGUGUUCCCCAGGUACUUCAGUACAUGUCCAAUGGUUGUUGGAUAAUUAUGAGACUGCGGAAGGUGUCAGUCUACCAAGAAGUACUUUGUAUUAUCAUUAUUUGCGACAUUGUCAAGAAACAAAUUUGGAUCCAAUGAAUCCUGCUUCGUUUGGUAAAUUAAUAAGAUCAGUAUUUCUAGGAUUAAGAACGAGAAGAUUAGGGACAAGGGGUAAUUCUAAAUAUCAUUAUUAUGGUAUAAGAAUAAAAGCUAGUUCACCUUUAAAUCAGUAUACAGAUGAUCAAACAAUGGCAAUGAGACAACAACCCAUGUACCAAUCUAAAAAACCCUCGAGUAAAGUGGACGGUGAAAGUGACACCAGUCAACCUGGAAGUAACAACCCAGGUUCAAAUGAGCCCAGCCAAUCACAACAACAACAUCAACAGUUCCUAGGCGAUGCCUCGCUAGCAAUACCCAACUUUGAUGAGAUAGAUGUCAUUAAUCAACCAUUACCAGAGGGUAUAACGAUAAAUGAUGUCCGAAUAUUUGAACUUAUGUACAGAGAACAUGCUGAGGCAAUAGUAGAUGUUGUGGUUAAUUUACAAUUUUCAUUGAUUGAAGCUUUAUGGCAAGGUUUCUGGAGAAAUCAACCAAUCGAUCAACACAAUGAUAAUGAUUUUGAAAGAAAAUUACCAAAGGAGAAAUUAUUCCUUUUAUGUAAAUACGACCCAAUCCAUGUAUUUGUUCGUAAAUCUGAUUAUGCGUUUUAUCAAGCUAUUAUUGAGGUGCUAAUUCCUGAUGUUCUACGGCCUAUUCCCAGUUCCUUAACUCAGGCGAUUCGAAAUUUUGCUAAAAGUUUAGAAAACUGGUUGAAAUCGGCCAUGCAAGGUGUUCCUGAUGAGAUGAUAAAAACUAAGAUUGGAGCUGUAAGUGCCUUUGCUCAGACAUUACGACGUUACACAUCAUUAAAUCAUUUAGCCCAGGCAGCACGAGCUGUUUUACAAAAUACAUCACAAAUAAACCAGAUGUUGACAGAUCUCAAUCGAGUCGACUUCGCCAACGUUCAGGAACAGGCUUCGUGGGUUUGUCAAUGUGAUGACACAGUUGUACAACAAUUGGAACAAGAUUUCAAGAAAACAUUAAAACAGCAGACAUCUUUAGAACAGUGGGCUAUCUGGCUAGAGAGUGUCGUCAAUCAGGUUUUAAUAACGCACGAAGGUAGUCCCAAUUUUCCUAAAGCUGCUCGACAAUUCCUGCUCAAAUGGUCCUUUUACAGUUCUAUGGUAAUAAGAGAUUUGACGUUACGAAGUGCUGCCAGUUUUGGUUCUUUUCAUCUGAUCCGUUUAUUAUAUGAUGAAUAUAUGUUUUAUCUAGUCGAACAUAAAGUAGCACGAGCUACAGGAGAGACACCUAUAGCGGUCAUGGGUGAGGUGAGACAGUUCUCUGAUUUAAGUAGUGCUGUAGCUUUGGGAAAUCUGGAAAGUGACAAAAAAAUAACGGUGACUGCCUCAUCCGCAGCCGCGACAACGACGAAACCAGCAACUACUAACACAGCUGCUAAUUCGACGACAGUCAUGUUGCUAACGCCAACCGGAACAAACACAUCGGCCGGAACAACAACAACGGGAUCAACGACUCAGACGGUCACCGUUCGACCGGUGUCUAAUGGAAUAGGUGGCACCACUGUUAAUACGACAACAGGAAAUAAAUUGGUAGUUUUAUCGACAAAUGCUAGCACGGGUAUAAUGGGUGCAACGAACACUCUCACUCCUUCUACUGCUGCUAAUCCGACAACAUUAACCGUGCGUCCAGCUGUGGGUAGUACGGGAAACACAAAGACUCAUACCAUCUUAGUAAUGCCCAUUUCCUCAACGGCUGGCACUGACGGAAGCCCACAAAUCAAGCGAUUAAAAACAGAAUGAAGAUCGAAGAUGUGUUGAGAUAAUAAAAAUAAAUAUUUUUUAGCAAGCCCAUGUGAUUACUUCUAUAUAUUCCUGUUUUAAAUCAAUGUUGUCAAGUAUUUAAAUUUGUUUUCGUUUUAAAAAAACAAUUUAUCUUUGAGGCCAUAUUAUGUAAAACAAAGGUUUCACAAUAUCUUGAAAGUUAGGCGCGAGACCAAACAUGUUCAUUAUGAACAAAUUUAGUGAACUUCAAUUUUUAUGUUGUGGCCUUGAAAAUUCUUCAGAAUUAAAAAUGAAUUGGUUUGGCCUGAACAUGGAAUAACAGCAAUAGUUGAAUUGGUUUGAAAGGUCAUACAUUUGUUGUGAAAAUGUGACACAAUCCACACACAUGAAAUAAAGAAAUUUAAUUUAUAUGACAUGAUAAUAUAGAAUUGUUUAUAUGCACUUAUUCUGCGAACACUUUUUUCCCCUGAUUAGAAUUAAAUAGUUCUUUUAAUAGUUAAGAUAAUUCUGCUUUUAUUAUUUUAGUUGAAUGUUAAAUUAUUAAAUUUGAAUAUUAUUAUAUGAACUGCUGACACGUGACUUGUAAAAUACAAAGGCUUUAAUUUAUUCAUUCUAUAUAAAAGAUUAUUGUGGUUUUGUGGACGGAAAAUACAUAAAGAGGCCAUUAUCAAAAAAAUGUGGCAUGUAAUUUCAGAAGAUAUAUUUUUUUAUUAAUCACAGAAUUUGAUGUUGUAGGGCUGGCACCUGUUGACAAAGGAUUUAAAAAUGAAGAAAAGUGCCAGUUUUGUGUUCAUUUUAAAAUGUCUCAAGAUUCUGAAAAAAAUUGGCAAACGUGGCUAAAUAUUAAUCGUUAUGUUUUGUACGUGAAUAUAUUUUAAAAAUUGGCUAAAGUUUAGCCAGUGUAAUCUUUAUUUAUGAUAUAUUGAAUUCAGUGUCAAAAAAACAUUAUACAUAGAUAUAUUGUAUCUAUAGGGCUGCAACAAUUUGUUGAAUUAUACAAUAACUUAGAGGUGCUGAUCAUGAUGGCUUAAUACAUGCUACAAUGUACACAGCUUGAUUGUAUAUUUUAUUGUCAAAACAAAACCAAUAUAUCAAUGGUAGGUAAUCUCCCAGUUUGGAUUUAGUCGGAAUAAUGAGACGCCUCGAAAGAUGGUGCUGGCUUGUUUAUAUCAUCAGCCUAACGGAAUUGAGCCAAUGUUGCACUGAUAUUAUUUUUAGUCCCAAUAUUGUAGUUCAAAAGUUCAAAAUCCCUCAAAUAAUGAUCAGUUUUAAGAUUGGCACAAAAUUUCCCAUGGCUGGGUAUUGAAUGUACAUGCAUAUUAUAGCCCAACUCUUCUGUUUUUAGUGUGACCUUGCAAAUAAACAAUCUAAUAAUUGAAAUAUAGUGUCUCCGGAUAUAUCGGAUGGAAAUCAUUCAAAAUUUUAAAGAUAUCAAAUGUUAAAAACAAUUCCAUAUCGUUGCAGCCCCUAUUGUAUUAUACGUGUUAAUUAACAAAAGCCUUAUUCUAUGUAAAUAAUUGUAAUAUAUUUUCACCCUAAUUAAAUUUACAGCCUAUAUAUGGUAUUUGUAUAUAAUAUUAUGAAGUCAUGUGACUCUAUCAAGCUAUAUAUAGGCAUGCAUUUUAGUAUUGCUAAAGUUGUUGAAUGUUAAUGUUUUUUGAGUGAAAAUUGGGAUGUUUUUUUUUUGUUUUUUUUUUUAAAAAAAGUUAAAUGCAUCCUGCAGACAAAUUUGUCUCCUCGAGUCUGUUUAAUUAUUUAACAGUAUG